AUGCCGGUCGUAGACGACAAAUCGCAGCACUGCAUCCCAUUCCUACUAGAGCGCCUCCGUGCUCACGCGGCCCGGUAUCGCGACGGUAACACCCCGCCAUUCUUCCUGGGUCUCAAUGGCGUGCAAGGUGCCGGCAAGACGGUCCUGGUGUCAACUCUUUAUGAGACUCUCCGUUCCGAGCCGUAUUCGCUUCCCGUCGUGACAUUGUCCCUUGACGACCUCUACCUUACCCACGCUGACCAGGUUGCGCUCGCCGAGGCAAACCCAAAUAACCCGCUCCUUCAACAUCGUGGUCAGCCUUCUACUCAUGAUUUAGCUCUGGGUGAGAAGGUCUUCGCUUCGCUCGCGGCCGAACAGCCCACUGCCAUUCCGCAAUAUGACAAGUCUGCCUUUUCUGGUCAGGGCGAUCGCGUGCCUGAAUCGCAAUGGGAAAUUGUGAAUAAGGAAGGACAGGAGAAAGUCAAGAUUAUCAUUUUCGAAGGUUGGUGUGUUGGGUUUCGUCCUUGGGAUGACGAAACUUUGCGUGCCAAGUGGGAGGCCGCUGUGCAGCAAAAGGAGACCGGUAAUUAUCAGGGCCGACUAGGCCAUGUGAAGUUGGAGGAUGUACAAGCUGUCAAUAAUGCACUGAAGCGAUAUGACGCUUUAACUGAUAAAUUCGAUGCCCUGGUCCAUAUAGAUGCUCGGGACUCGCGUUUUGUAUAUGAAUGGCGACAAGAGCAAGAGCGCUCUCUACGGGCCUCCAAGGGUACCGGUAUGACCGAGGAGCAAGUCAAUAAUUUCGUGGAUGGCUAUUAUCCUUCGUAUGAGCUUUUCACUGAGACUCUUCGUGAGGGUGUCUUCAAGCCUGCAGUACACCGUUUGUCUACGGCAUCGGCAUCGAAUUGGCAGGACCGUCAACUUCGACUUGUGGUGGACCGAAACCGAAGAGUCCAGGAAGUGGUACAUAUUUGA